ACAAGUUCAACACCACCCACUUUUCAAACUGGCUGAUACUUUUGUCCUAUAUUUUUUAAAGUUUCAACGCCACACACCUACUCAGACUCCGAUUUUGUGUUAGAUAGAGCGAGACCUACUUACCCAUUUCAAUGGCGACAAUUGCUGCUGCAACUGCACUGGCCGCUGGUUUUUGUUACAGCAAAUCGAGAGUGGAGGGACUCAAGCCAACCACUCAUGCAGCUGCCAAACCGAGGCGCAUGAUUGCUGUGAGAGCUGAAGCUCAAGGCAUCAACCCAGCAAUUAGAAAGGAUGAAGAGAAAGUAGUUGACUCCGUUAUGGUCGCUGAGCUCUCUAAGCCACUCACUCCUUAUUGCAGAUGCUGGAGGUCGGGGACAUUUCCUUUAUGUGAUGGAAGCCACGUAAAGCACAACAAAGCUACUGGUGACAAUGUUGGACCUCUGCUCCUGAAAAAGCAGAAAGAGUAACUACAUCUUUCCUUAUUUUCUUACAGUUGUUAAUGAGCCAUGUAAACCCUUUUACGAUGAAAAUUUUUUGUGCUGUUUUCUGAUGAUCUCUGUUCAUUUCCUUUGGAUUCGGGAGAGUUCACUUUCAUGUGUUGCAUUCCCAGUUUUCAAACAUAAGAUAUUGCAGUCAAGAGUGUGAGACAAUAUUAUCUUUUAGUUUA